AUGAUCCCAGCAGCUGAAUCUGCACUUGAUAACACCAACUUGGUGUACAAGGGCUGUGCAAAUCAGGCUUUAUCAGAUCCAACUGGGGUUUACUCACAAGCCCUCUCGGCCAUUUUUGGUACUUUGAUUCAACAGUCUUCCAGGGCCAAGUUUUUCAACACAAGUUCUGGUAGUGGCCAAACCACUCUCUCUGGUAUCUUUCAAUGUAGAGGUGACCUCAGUAAUGUUGACUGCUACAACUGUGUGAGCAAGCUACCAAUAUUCAUUGACAAACUCUGUGGUAAACCCAUUGCUGCAAGAAUCCAACUUUUGGGCUGUUAUAUGCUCUAUGAGGUUGCUGGGUUUCCUCAAGUCCCUGGAUUGGAGAUGCUGUACAAGACUUGUAGUGGAACAAAUGUUGGAGGAGCUGGGUUUGAAAUGAGAAGAGACACUGCCUUUUCAACAUUGGAGAGUGGUGUGGUUGCUGGCAGUGGGUUUUAUGCCACAAACUAUGAAUCUGUGUAUGUUUUGGGGCAGUGUGAGGGUGAUUUGGGCACUAAUGACUGUGGUACUUGUGUGACAAGUGCUGUUCAGAGAGCUCAGGUUGAGUGUGGAAGCUCUAUAUCAGGCCAAAUCUACCUUGAUAAAUGCUUUAUUAGCUAUAGUUAUUAUCCUAAUGGGGUCCCCACCAGAUCAUCCUCCUCCUCAUCAUCAUCCUCAUCCUCAUCUUCAUCUUCAUCUUCAUAUUCAUAUUCAUCUCCUUCUUAUUCAUCAGGUUCAGGACAAAAUACAGGAAAGACAGUGGCUAUUAUCCUAGGAGGGGCAGCAGGAGUAGUGUUUCUUGUGAUUUUCUUGAUGUUUGCUAGAAAUUUAACGAAGAAACAUGAUGGUAAAUUAUUGAAAGGAGCAGAUGGGUAUUGGAAGCACCAAAAAGUUCUUCCUGGGGUGGAUUCUUUCCUUGUGUUUUUCCUGCAUAGAGGAAACAGGGUUUUUGAGCUGUGUUUUUUGAGGUGGGGGGAGGAAGUAAUUAUAGAAAUUUUGAUGCAACUAAGGAAAUUGUUGGGUAGAGAGAGAAACUGGGAGAAAGAAAAGGAGGAGAAAGGGAUGCAAGAAUGAAUGUUUGUCAAUGCUGAAAAAGAUGGGGAAAGAGUACUUGUUGGCUUUUGACCUUUUUUCUGCUCAAUGUCAUGUGCUUGUUAGUCUCUAUCUCUCUCUCUCAGGUUGUUGAGAUACUGUCAAUUUUUGCUGUUUUGCGAGGGAUUUAAACAGUGUCACCUGGCAGUCAAAACAAAUUUUUUGCCAACACCAUCUGCAUGAUGUUUAAUAGGAAGAGAC